ACUGUGAAAGAUAUUUUCUCUGUAGUAAUUGAUGAAAAAUUGACUGUUAAUAAUCUCAAAGAUAAGAUCAAAAAUGCUUGGCAAGAUUCACAAGAAAUAAAGAUCAAUCUAUAUAAAAAAGAUUUUGCUCAGGAUAAUAAUGCUUUGGUCUCUGCUGUAAAUGAAUCUGAAAAAAGACAGGAAGUAUUAAUUGAUCCGCAAAAAAAUAUUUCUCAAUAUUUUUCCACAGAAGAUACUACUCAACAAAAAGAUCCUAUUAACAUCAUCAUAUACCCCAGGUAG